CCCGUCCCAGCUACCCCGAGUGAUCCGUUCGUCUCUUUCGAUCCCUUCUUCUCCUUCGUUCAGACUCCGUUCUCGAACGUCUCUCUCUCUCUUUUGGGACGUUAACGUUGGUCUGGAACCAAUGGCCAACAGUCGCUAGAUCUUUCUUCUCCUUCUCUUUAUCAUUCUCUUUGUAUUCUAUUCGCCACGCGCGCUCUGGACGCUGCCUCAUCUUUGUUUCCAAGAGCCGAGCUGUUGGUUGUUUUUUUUUUCCUCGGGAGGAUAACCUUCAUACCGAAACUCCAGAUCAAAUCCACGGAAGGGAACAACGGCCAGGGGUUGUCGUUCGACCAUAACCAGAAAAAAAAAGGACAUCUAUCGUUGGUACUCUUUGACGGAGCUGAGGUCCCCCACCUUCGUCUCGCUACUCGCUUGCUAUGAGCCUACUCGUCCUUCCGUCGCUCUGAGUCUUUUGCUGUACCUCCUCACUCGUUGAUUUCGCAGGCGGAACCGGGAAUAUGAGGAUAUCUGGGAUCUUGGCCUCGCUCUGUGUGCUGGCCCGGUGCGGGACGGCAAUCGACUUGGUACUUGGGGAUGAGGACUCGGUUAAAUCCGCAGCCAGCACAAUAGCCUUUGGGCUGGUCAAGUAUUACACGGGCAAUAACACGGGCGACACUCCGGGAAACCUGCCGGACCCAUACUUCUGGUGGGAAGCGGGCGCCAUGUUCGGGACUCUGGUCGACUACUGGGCGCUCACCGGAGACGACUCGUACAACGCCAUCACCACCCAGGCGAUCCUGCACCAAGCGACCGAGAAGGGCGACUUCAUGCCGCCCAACCAGACGCGCACGCUCGGCAACGACGACCAGGGGUUCUGGGGCAUGGCAGCCAUGUCAGCGGCCGAGAACAACUUCCCCAACCCGCCCGAGGACCAGCCGCAGUGGCUGGCCCUGGCCCAGUCCCUCUUCAACCAGUACGCCUCCCGCUGGGAGGAGGCCACGUGCGGCGGCGGGCUCCGCUGGCAGAUCUUCACCUUUAACAACGGCUUCAACUACAAGAACUCCAUCUCCAACGGGUGCUUCUUCAACAUCGCCGCCCGCCUGGCCCGCUACACGGGCAACGAGACCUACGCCGAGUGGGCCGAAAAGAUCUUUGCCUGGGAGGAGUCGGUGGGACUCAUCGACGCCAACCUGACGGUGCGGGACGGCGUGCACGUCAGCCUCGAGGACGGCAGCUGCAACAGCAGGGACGAGAACCAGUGGACCUACAACGCGGGCAUCUUCCUGCACGGCGCGGCCGUCAUGUACAACCACACCAACGCCUCGGCCAUCUGGCGGGAGCGCGUCGACGGCCUGCUGGCCUCCACCACGGCCACCUUCGUCGACCCGGCCACGGGCGUGCUGGUCGAGCAGCUGUGCGAGCCCAGCGGCUUCUGCAACACGGACCAGCGCUCCUUCAAGGGCUACCUGACCCGCUGGCUGGCCGGGACCGCGCAGAUGGCGCCGCACACCCUCGACGCCGUCCGCCCGCUGCUCGAGGCCGACGCCGCCGCCGCCGCCCGUGCCUGCACCGGCGACCCCGCGCCUCCCGUGUUCCGCGGCCACCCGGGCACCGCGUGCGGGUUCCGCUGGACCACCGGCGCCUUCGACGGCUCCGCCGGCGUCGGCGAGCAGAUGAACGCCCUCUCGGCCGUCAUGUACCCCCUCGUCGUCCGGGGAGCCGCCGCCCCGCCCCUGACCGCCGACACGGGCGGUACCUCGAAGGGCAACCCCGGCGGCGGCGCCGCGCCCGCGCACGAGGAGGUCGGCAUCGGGUACGCGGAGAUCACGCUCCAGGACCGGGUCGCCGCCGGGUUCGUCACAUCGGCCCUCGCGCUCGGCGUCGUCGCCGGGUCCGCGUUUGUCAUCCUCUAAGGUUUGGCAUUAGGCAAGCCGCGUUCCUCCCCCUUCUGGUGGCUUGUCAACGUGUGGUUUUUUUUUCUGGUGUUGAUUUCUUGGGGACCUAUUUUUGAAUAUCCGGGUUUCAAUCGGACAAAAUAAUGACUGGGGCAUUCUCUGAGCAUGAACUUUUUUUCUGGCGUUUAUUUUUGGAUACCGGGGUGUCGGGUUUGGGGGGACUCUGGUUCCGUAUACGGCUGUAUCGUGAGAUCUUGCUCGUAUAGCAGAUCAAUCAUACGAAGCCGUGCUCUCGUCUUGCCUGUUGUAGCGUGAGCAUUGAUUCGAAAAUGACGAACGGUAUUUUGGGUGAAAUAGCAGCUUUUUCCUGUCCUUGAGGGUGAACACUCAGAAGAUCUAGCUGGAUCCUCAAUUGACUGGGACUGACUUUUCU